AUGGGAUAGGUCUUAGCAUCAGAUUAUGUUGAAUUGUACGCAAUUCAAGAGAAUCCGAAUAAUCAAUCAAAGCAUUCAGUUCAUGACAAGUCUAAAAUAGAUCAUUCCUAAGUGUCUCAUGUGGCACCUCCCAUAUAGCCUAAACCAAAGCCGAAUCAAACGAAAAGUGCUAAUAUUGAUCAGAUAAAAGGAUUAAGAAUCUAUCUAUCUUAAGAGAUUACCAACGAAUUCCCUGAUUUAGAUCCUGUUUCAUAUCAAAGACAUGAGAUUGCUGACGGAGAGUAUUAUGGACGAUUCCAAAAUUCCAAUAGGGAAGGAGAUGGAGUUUUAGCUCUCAAAAAGAAACCGAUAUAAAAAGGUCAGAAUGAUCAAGACCAACUCUACAAAUUCUUUGGAACGUAUCGAAAUGGAUAAGCGGCUGGCAACGGAUAUGCCUUUUUCCAUUAUGAUUACUCCCUUUGGGGGGAAGUCUAAAAAAAUGAAUUUAAAGGAAAGGCAAUUCUGAAAACCAAAGAUAAUUAAACCUAUUAGGGGAUUUGGGAUGAGAGAAAACUAAAAUAUGGCAUUAUCUAAACAUAACUUUAUAAAUAUGUGGGAUAAUUUAAGGAUGGCCUAAGAGAGGGACUCGGAGAAUGUCAUUACUCUGAUGGAACCAUUAUCAAAGGCAAUUGGAAAUAGGACAAUUUAGAUCAACUAUGUCAUAUCUAAUUCCCUGAUAAUACUUUUUUUAGUGGCCACUUUUUUGAAGGAAUGAAACAUGGUUUUGGAUUAUUGUAAUAAUAAAAUUAAACAUACUUUGGUGAGUUUGAUUGUAAUGUUAAACAUGGUUUUGGAUUAUUAAUUUAACCUGAAGAUAUACAAAUGAAUCAAUCUUAGCAUAAACAAAAACACACUGAAGCACUCUACUUUUAAGGUGUACAAAAAGGCAUCUAUUGUGUUUACACAGAAAAAGAAAAUAAAUAAUGGUUCUAAAUUAAAGAUAAUAAUGAAAUAGAAAAAUUAGAACAUGUUACCGAGAAAAGAGGUUUAGCUGAACUUUUAAGUCCAAUUCCAGAACAUAAUUAACCUCCAGUAAAAAGUUUAGAGGCUUAAAAGGCUGAUUUAGAAAAAGCCAUUAAAGAAAUGAUGGGGAAAGUAAAUGAAAUCUAAAAUAAUUCCAAUCAAUUCAUGUCAUUAGAAAAGUAAAUGGAUUCUUAAACUAUUAAAUUGGGCCAACUUGCAACAUACCAAGAUUGGAUUGACUAGAAUAAAUAAUGA